AAAAAUUAACUGGAUUUUGUUUGAUAAAACGUUUUAUCAGAUUACCUUGCGUUGCUGCAUUAACUCGACUUGGUCCAGUAUAUAUCGUUUAUUUUGCUCCUAAUCAUGGAUGCAGAUCGUUGUAGAAUUAGGACAAAUUCUACUGCCGAAAUAGAUAGUAGAAAAAGUAGCAUCGGUCAAUAUCCAUAUGAACCGAAAGUUGUGCAAUUGGAACCUAUCGUUUUCAAGCCAUCGGCUGAAUUGGUCCCGGAUGAGUACGAACGUGAAAACAAUAAAAACUUUGCCGUUAAAAUCGUACAACUGAAAAUUGACAGAGAUGCAGAGAAUUUGUAUAAGAGUUUGAAGGAGGAGCUGGGUUAUAACGUGGAUAGAAAAAUAAUAGAUGAAGCUGAAUAUGGAAAUAUUGAACUUGCAUGCUUGGAUUACGCGAAAACAACAAAGCAAGAAGUUGAAGCAACUAAUAUUGAUGGUUUGAUAAUGAUUUUUGCGAAACUAGCUUUACAGCCAAAAAGAAUGAGUGAAAUAUGGGGCGAAUUUACGUCAGACAAUUGUCCAUCUUUAGCAGAUAAACCCAAAAUAUUUUUAUUUCAGACUAUGGAUAAAAAGAUCGGAACAGAUGGAACACUUAAAAGAGCGUCAUAUCAGCAGCUUUACAACUCACCAGUCGAAACAGAUCUCCUUAUAGUAUAUGAUAAUUACCACGACCAAGGUUCAAUGGAUUUCCUUUUCAGUUUCAAUGAGAACAUUACCAAUUUUGCCGCUCAAGAAGAUCUACUUUCUUUAAUAACCGUAAGCAAGGGAUCGAGCAACAGGCCUGUAGUUAUUUCCACCAUGACUAAAAAAUUUUACCUGCUCAAUCACGAGCACAGAGGUCACCAUCUUGACAUCGUGGAAAAUCACAACGAGAUAAAAAAACAUCUGGAAGACAUAAAACGGUACGUCACGGAACCGAAGCCAAAAGCACAGCCAAAAGUUAAGCGAAAUCCAUCAAGAAGAACAAACAAUAGACCAAUAGAGCAAGCAGUCCCAGAUGGAGUUGGGUCCAUUCGAACGCCAACAGCCGAACGAGUUAAUAAGACGAUUAAAAGUAAUAAAUCAGUUGAAGAUAAACCUCCAUGGAGAUACUGAAAUGAAAGAACUGAUAUGUAACUAGAACAUUGAGAACUUAACAUUAGGAUUAUAUUGAAUAAAUAACAGAAAACGCU